CGCGUCGCCGUUCACGAGCGCGGGAUAUCGCGCCGUUUGCUCUCGACGCGCUCGCGUCGUCUGCACCGCCCUCGAACGCGGUCCAGUCCCUAGCGUCGAGUCGAAGGAAUGACGUCCACGGCGACGACGACGCGCUACGUCGGCGCGCUCGAUAACGGCACGACGUCGACGCGAUUCAUCUUGUACAGGAUCGAACGCCCCGGCGUCUUGACGCCGGUGUCGUCGCACCAGGUCGAGCACGCGCAGACGUAUCCGAAGCCCGGAUGGUGCGAACACGAUCCCGAGGAGAUAUUCGCGAAUGCGCUGACGUGCAUGGAACGCGCGUGCGCGCGAGGGGACGCCCCCGGUGGCGGCGUCGACGCGACCGCGAUCGAGUGCAUCGGGAUCGCGAACCAACGGGAGACCGUCGUCGCGUGGGACGCGCGCACGCGGGAGUGCCUGCACAACGCGAUCGUCUGGCUAGACACGCGCACGCGAGACAUCUGCGACGAGUUGACUCGCGAGGCGAGGGAAGACGGCGAGGACACGGGGGCGGAUCGGUUCCGCGAAUCGUGCGGGCUCCCCAUCAACACGUACUUCAGCGCCGGGAAGAUGCGUUGGUUGCUUGAAAACUCCGCCCGCGUUCGUGAGGCGAACAAAAACGGAACGUUGAAGUUUGGAACGAUCGACUCGUGGCUCGUUCACCGCCUCACGAACGGGGCGAGGCACGUCACGGACGUGACGAACGCAUCACGGACGAUGCUCAUGGACUUGAGAACGACGCGUUGGCGAAAAGACACGUGCGACGCGUUUCAAGUGAACGUGGAAUCGCUGCCAGAGAUUCUAUCCUCUGCAGACGACUUUGGCACGAUUGCGCUCGGGUAUUUGCGCGGCGUGAAAUUAACCGCCGCUCUCGGGGAUCAGCACGCGGCGACGCUGGGGCAGCGCUGCCGCCCUGGCGAGGCGAAGUGCACGUACGGCACUGGAUGUUUCAUGUUUUUGAACACUGGCUGUCACGUCGUGACGUCCGAGCAUGGAUUGCUCACAACAGUGGCCGACAGCUCGGAGGAUGCGCCACGGUACGCGCCCAAUUGUUUGUACGCUCUGGAAGGGUCCGUCGCGAUUGCGGGCGCGGGCGUGCAGUGGCUGCGGGACAACCUCGGGAUAAUUCGAAGCACCUCGGACGUGGAGCCACUCGCGGGGAGCGUCGACGACGCCGCCGGCGUGGUCUUCGUCCCGGCAUUCACAGGGUUAUUCGCGCCGCGUUGGAAGCAAGAUGCGAGAGGGGUGAUCGUGGGUUUAACGCAGCACUCCACUGCGGCGCACAUCGCGAGGGCGCUGCUUGACGCGAUUUGUUUUCAGGUAAAAGACGUGUUGGACGCGAUGAUCGCGGACGUUUGCAGACGCCCUGGCGAAAGCGGCUACGUGGAAAACUCGGAUCAACUAAAGUCUACUGCGUCGUUCUCGGUGCCGAAUGUUCUGCGCGUGGACGGCGGCGCGACCGCGAACGCGUUGCUGAUGCAGACUCAGGCAGAUGUCUUGGGGAUGGAAAUUUCACGGCCGAGAGACGUGGAGACAACAGCGCUCGGGGCCGCGCUCGCCGCCGGGAUAGGAGCUGGGCUGUGGAGCGAGGAAGAUGUUUUUGCGCGGGAGGGGGAUUUUGAACGCGUCGGCGACGGUGACGGCGGCGCCGAUGAGACCGCGACGACGACGUUCGAGCCGAGAACAACUGCAGAAGAAAGAGCAAAGCGGUUCGCGCUUUGGUGCGAAGCCGUUGGCAAGAGUUUCGGCCUCGCGAGAGAGUGAGGGUCGGUAGAAAAAACGCGCGCCUCCGCGACGCGUUAAUGUGAGGAAAGUGCGCGUGGGUAAC